UCCGACAUUCAAAUCAUAUUAAUCUCUCUAUAGAAAUCCGAAGCUUUUUUUCAGUUUGCGUAGUCAUUAUUCCAACAAUGUCAGGACGUGGAAAGGGUGGAAAGGGUCUUGGCAAGGGAGGAGCAAAGCGUCAUCGGAAAGUUCUCCGUGAUAACAUUCAGGGAAUCACAAAGCCAGCUAUCAGGAGGUUAGCGAGGAGAGGAGGUGUAAAGAGGAUCAGUGGUCUGAUCUAUGAAGAAACCAGAGGUGUACUGAAAAUCUUUUUGGAAAAUGUGAUUCGUGAUGCAGUUACAUACACUGAGCAUGCUCGAAGGAAGACUGUAACUGCAAUGGAUGUUGUCUACGCUCUGAAGAGGCAAGGAAGGACUCUUUACGGAUUUGGAGGCUGAGAUCCAUAAAUGGUUCUUCGUACCCUCACUGUUCUAUUUUCUUUUCGUUCUUGUAGUGGUUCUAUCUACAAAAUUUCCAUUUUUUAGAUCUAGUAGCUUUAUGUAAAUCGAUUGCUUCAAUCCUUAAAAAGGAUGAUAUUAAUUUAAUCUACUGCCUUUGUUUUA